CUUCACCAAAGUGCUAAGACUCAGUGAUACGCUGUUUGUCAUAUGGUGAACAUAUCCCUGUGGCAUUAUGAACACCCAUUCAUAUAUGUAUAAGUGACAGUAACUACAAGUGUAUUAGGAAUUAAAAAAAAAAAGACAAAUCGUUAGAAGACUUCGUGAAUGGAACAUUGAAGUGCAAGGAAAAAGAUACAGAAAAGCAAAAGAGGAAAUAAUCUAAGGGAUAACUGGAGAAACAAGAAAGUAUUAUAGAGGCUUCUGAGGGAUUAACUGAGAUCCAUCAUGGUUCUCAUUGCGACUCUCCUGUUGGGUUGCACGCUGGUAAUGGUAUCAGACUGCAACGUGAUGAACAAUCUCGUGCACGACAUAGGCCUGCCCACGUGCACAGGCCUCCUGCACCAGGCCUCUCGCCGUUCGGCAAAAACGACCGCCGUGCUGCCUCCAGACAUCCACGGCAAGUGGCUAUCGACAAGCUGCGAGUCCCGCCCUGGUCCCCGCUACGUCCUGAGGUCCUACAGCUUCCACCGCGACAGCACCUUCCAGCUGGCACUCCACUUCUACAGGGACCCCUCCUGCGCCCACCCUGUCCACACCCUCUCCGCCCACGGCCACUUGACUAUGGGACGCCCGUCUUGGGUCACACCGGGAGGAACGGAAGCGGAGUAUACGCUGACGAAGGUGGAAGUCGUAGCCCACUCUCACAGAGACGCGGCCUUGAUAGCAGCCCAGGUCAACGCCACCUGCCCCGGCAAAGUGAACAAGCCCUGGAAGCCCCACAGGCCUCACACGGUACUGGCCUACAUGGAGACAACCAACGAUGUCGCCCAGGACGAAGACUGCACCAGGGGGCUAGGAGGGGCGUGGCAUGAGCUCCAGCUCUUGAGGGUCGAAGAGACGAGACUCUCCAAGCUCUCCUCUUCUUCUUCGUCGAGUUCCUCCUCAGCUUCUUCCUCCUCCUCCUCCUCUUCAUCCUCCUCACCCGCCAUUACUUCAGGAGUCAAGCGAGAACUGUUCCUCGGGGAUCUCCAUACGGAUGUCAACAAGCAGGAUCUCUACCGUCCCACAGGAUACCAGACGCCUCUCGUCAAUGCUAAACACGCUGUGGAUUGCGGAAUCUGCAACGCCGUCGCCAGGAGCAGCGAGCGGAGCCCGCCUCACCUCCACGCAGGGCCAAACCUCCCGCUGAUUUUGGCCGGGUCCUGGGCCUCCUCUCGCUGUGAGACCAGACCCUACGGCAUGUUUCUGACGAGAUAUCUUACUUUCAGUCCCGAAAAAUCUGGCUGGGCAAUGACACUCCGAUAUUACCACGACCCAGAAUGCUCCCGUCCAUCGUUCACCCUGGCAGCCACCGGCUCGUACCGGAGAGCCAACCCGCCCCCCUACGCCUACGACAUGAGCGUCAACAGGCUGGUCCUCACGCCGGAGGACGCCGACCUGGCCAACGAACUCAACGCUUAUAAGGGGAAGGAAUGCGGUGACCCUGGGAAGUGGGUGGCCAAUUCCCAGGACGUCACGCAUACUGGAGGAUGUCUGGCCGUUGGCGUGAGGGUUCCGACGGUCGAAAAGGAGAUCAUGCGCUCGGGCAUUGACGACGCAGGAAGGAUAUGGCUCGCACAGGGCCAGGUAGCUACUUCUGCAAGACAGGAGGGGAACAAUCCUCGGCCUACUAGCUGGGGCGCUCGUUUACUCCGCUGCCAGCCCUACGCCUCUCCUGACGAGGAUAACUCUCUCCUGCCCAUGGUGGGAGCUCGUACGGCUUCUUCGGGAAGCCAGAAGUCGGCCCUGCCACUGUUCGUUGGUGUCAUGAGCUUCCUCCUUUUAAAUUCGUUUACACCGUGAGGGAAGAGAUUUCCCUUGAGUUUACCUUACUCUUUAACAAGAGACGGAACAAUGUGUUUUUUUUUCUCUCUCUCUCAACUGAAAUUGUAUCGGAAGAUUUCGUUUCCAGUAUCCAGCGCGGACUCUUCGUCCGCGACAAAAAUAUUUUGUCUAGAUAAUUAUGGAAUUCAUGCCACUUGAAGCAGGAAAUGAAGCAACUCAACAAUCUUCCCAUUCAAAAACAAAAUUAUCAAGUAUAUACCAGGAUUGAUUCUCUUUAAAUUAGAGACGAAUACACAAACAUACACACACUUACAUAUACAUAUACAUAUACAUAAGUUUUGGCACGGCAACAAUUUCUCACAGACAUCAGUGACGACUUGCAAAGGAUUGAAGGUCAAGAGAGAGAUUCGAUGCUUCUUUGACAGUCAAGUCCAAUUGAUUUUGUACAAACAGGUACAAAGCAGCGAGUAUUUUCCCUUCAUUAAAAAAAACAGCGUUGAGUAAAUACUCCAAUCAAAAUAAAACUUCAAAAACUGACAAGAGUCACUCUUAUCAGGCACCACUUUGGAUUCUAAAGAGUGCCAUUUUCUCUGUACAAUUUUUUUCUUUUUUUAUGAAUGGGAAGCCAAAGCCCUUUCAUGAAGCUGAAGGAUUAUGGGAAUAAAUGAAUGAUUCAGUAUUUAUCUCUAUACAAAAGCGUGCACGCCAAAGUCCUCAUUGUGAUGGUCUUUGCUUGUGUGACGGGGACAGUAAUGUAAUCAACAUUCGAUCCUGCUGAGUCAACGAAGCAGUAAUGAUCGAUGAAGCCAAUUGUUCAUUCAUUUGACUUGGGUUAACAAAUCUUAGAGAAAUAACAUACUAUACUAAAAAAAAAAUACUUAUAAGAAGAGGAAGAUCUACACCAAUAAGCCAGUGUUCUAGUUGAUACCGAGUAGAAGCGCAAAACAGAAUUUGCCCCAAACUCGGCCUGACGAAAAUGAAAUCGGCAAAUAAACAGAAUUUGUAGUGAUUAAUGAGCAGUCAAAGCCAUAAAGAUUAUCUUUAUCCUAGAUAUAAUAGAUAAUGUUUGAUACUCAUAAAAGGAUGAUUCUCGGGAAUCACCUGUAGAUGUUUGUCCUCUAUUUGUGACUUAGAUCUAGAGUCUCUACCUUUCGAUGUAAUACUAUUAAUUGAUAGUAAUAACCAUAAUGAUAAUUAUAGAUGAGUUAGUGUUCACUGUUGUAUAGAAUUAUGUGUUCAGAUAGAGAUGUCAUUCUGUAGGGCUUUCGAGUACUGCUUGUUUUAUUUCGUUCAUUUUCAGAAGAGAUUCAUUGUUUUUUUUUUCCUUCGCAUUAUUGGAUGCAGUGGUGGUAACUUUCAAACACUUUAUUAUUUGAUUUUAAUAUGAAUCCCAUACCAUACUCGUGCG